AAGAAAGCUGCUUUGCAGACAAUAGGAGAAGACCAAAGUCAAAACCCCUACACUGAGCUGCUGGUCCUGAAAGCCCAUCGAGAUAUUGUCCGGUUCCUGGUGCAGCUGGAUGAUAACAGAUUUGCAUCUGCUGGCGAUGAUGGAAUUAUAAUUGUGUGGAAUGCCCAGACAGGAGAAAAGCUCCUGGAACUCAGAGGACACACCCAGAAGAUAACUGCUGUUAUUGCAUUUCCUUCCCUGGACUCUUGUGAGGUGGACAGUCAGCUCAUCUUGACAGCCUCUGCUGACAGGACUGUUGGUGUUUGGGACUGUGAUACCGGCAGACAAAUCCAGAGAGUCUCCUGCUUCCAGUCUACUGUAAAGUGCUUAACUGUUCUUCAGGGACUAGACAUUUGGCUUUCGGGUGGUAAUGACUUAGGUGUGUGGAACCGAAAAUUAGAUCUGCUGUGUAAGACCGACCACCUUUCUGAUACAGGGAUCAGUGCUUUGGUUGAAAUCCCUAGGAAUUGUGUUGUAGCAGCAGUUGGCAAAGAACUGAUAAUUUUUAGGUUGGUAGCACCCACAGAAGGCUUGCUGGAAUGGGACAUCAUUGAAGUUAAACGCCUUCUUGAUCACCAGGAUAAUAUUCUGUCAUUGGUUAACAUCAAUGAUAAGAGUUUCGUCACUGGCUCCCAUGUUGGAGAGCUGAUCAUUUGGGAUGCCCUGGACUGGACUGUGCAGGCCUGUGAGCGCAGCUUCUGGAAUCCAUCUCCACAGCCGGAUGCCCAGCAAGAAAUAAAACUCUGCCAAAAACAAAAUGACAUUUCUAUUAAUCAUUUCACAUGUGAUGAAGAGAAUAUAUUUGCUGCAGUUGGAAGAGGGCUGUAUGUGUAUAACCUACAAUUGAAGCAUGUGAUUGCCUGCCAGAAAACCGCACAUGAUUCCAACGUCCUACACAUCGACAGACUUCCCAACAGGCAGUUAAUCUCAUGCUCAGAAGAUGGCAGUGUGCGCAUUUGGGAGGUCCGAGAAAAACAGCAGCUGGCAGCAGAACCUGUCCCAACAGGGUUUUUUAAUAUGUGGGGAUUUGGAAGAGUGAACAAACAAGCCAGCCAACCUGUUAAAAAGCAGCAAGAAAAUGGCACUACGUGUUCUCUGGAGCUCAUUGGAGAUUUGAUUGGCCACUCAUCCUCCGUGGAGAUGUUCCUGUACUUUGAAGAUCAUGGACUAGUAACAUGCUCUGCAGAUCAUCUCAUUAUUCUGUGGAAAAAUGGAGAGCAAGAAUCUGGAUUCCGAAGCAUAAAGUUAUUUCAGAAGUUAGAAGAGGACGGUGACUUACACCCUGCUGUCUAGUUGAAGGAAUUGAACAAAUAUAUACAUGUGAGCCUUGGACAGCAAAUACAGAACCGUACUCUGAAAACCAUAGCACACUGAUGACUUAGAUUUGUAAUGUUGUUCUUGCCUAUGAAGUUCUGUAUGUCUGACAGAAACCAGUAUGUCCACCCAAGAACAUAGCACAAGUUUCCACUGGACCUUUCUUCUGUGGAAGUGGUGGGUGCUGUGUUCUGUUUCUUAAAGUGAUAGGAAAAAAGAGGUACUGUAAAGUUGUCACAUUAUUUAGAAGUUUUAUUUUGGGUUCCUUUAAAGACCGUUUUAAGAAUUGUCAGGAUAAAUAUAUCCCUUCUGCUACAAAUUCUCCUGCUCCUUAUUAGCUAUCAGUGUUCACGUGAACCAAAUUGAAUAUUUGCCAAAAAAAGAAUUAUAUUCUGUAAGUAUAAUGAUUCUUUUUGGUACCAACUAAUUUAAGUCACUGAAUAAAAAAUUUUAUUGUA